AAGAACAUUUUUGUAAAUGGCGGCCGGCCCGGUCAACUGUGCUCUGUGAAAUGUUAUGCUUGUAUUAUUAGUAGUUAAAUUUGGUUAUUAUAUUUUACUGUAACUUCAUUUUCAAGGCCUAUUAUUAUUGGAAACUACCUGUAUAAGGGUUCGAGCAAAUUCUCUGAGUUAUUGACACCAGUUGCACGCAGCCAACCAUCGAUGAUUCUUUUGUAAGCAAGCAAACCUACCGUGGGCUCUAUUAUUUCUCUGGAUGGUGCUUUCCUCAAUAAAAUGUUGGAGACGUAGAAUGGAGCUAAUGUCGGGGACCGGUGCUGGAUCAAGUGGAGCAGGCCGUGGAAGAGGAGCAUUACCAGAAACCGCCAAAACCGAUAAUAAAGAAGUCAAACCAAAUCCCAAGAUGUCCAAAGCUCUUAGCACGUCUGCCAAGAGGAUUCAGAAGGAAUUAGCUGAAAUCACUUUGGAUCCCCCACCAAAUUGCAGUGCUGGACCAAAAGGUGAUAACCUGUAUGAGUGGGUCUCCACUAUUCUUGGACCCCCCGGAUCAGUCUACGAAGGCGGCGUUUUCUUUUUGGACAUCCAUUUCUCCCCGGAAUAUCCGUUUAAACCUCCCAAGGUAACAUUCCGCACGCGUAUAUAUCAUUGCAACAUCAACAGCCAGGGUGUGAUUUGUUUAGACAUACUGAAAGACAAUUGGUCUCCAGCUCUAACAAUCUCCAAAGUUCUUUUGUCGAUAUGUUCACUACUCACAGACUGUAAUCCAGCUGACCCGCUAGUUGGUAGUAUAGCAACGCAAUACCUGCAGAAUCGUGAAGAGCAUGAUCGCAUCGCCCGACUGUGGACCAAGCGCUACGCCACGUGAUUUCUCAAUCAGCCAACUACAUUGUACAGACAUAUUUGAAGAGUCGAUCAUUUGGGAAACCUAGCAGCCCUCAUUUUGGCCACAUUUCGUUGGCUGCCAUCAUAUACGGAAUAAUAUGAUUGUUGAUCAUCUAACUUACAAAUUAUUUUAUAAGUUUCCCAUUUGUCGAAUUUUCUCCGGCUUUUAGUGAUACAAAAGAAAUGUGUUUUGAUGUUUACUGUAUAGCGUAAUCCAGGGGGAAAUUACUGAUUUAUAUAAUAAGAAGUAUUCAUUUUUAAUGUCACUCUAAAUUUCGGGACUCUACUUCAUUUCAUAUAAGGAUCGUUUUGCGAUUUCAUGAAAUGAUCUUUGAUAAAUUGUAGCAGAAUUUAUGAAUAAAUGGGUUUAUUUUAUGGAUUGUAAUUGUCAUGAUCAGUCUGCAGAUAAGGUAUUCACUUUUGUGGAAUAAUACCAAAACUCUUCGGAAUAUAUAAAAAAUAUAUAUUUUAGUGCUACUUACUAUUACUCUUUUUUCGUUUUUUAGAGUAUUCAUUAAAACCUUCACUUCGAAUCGUUGGUAAAUGAAACAUCAGAAUUCCUAAUUGUGACUGUAAUAUCAGUACUGUAUUAGCUUUAUUAGUAGGGGUUUAGCUAGCCUUUGGGUACAUACAUUUUAUUCUGUCAUGAUAAUGCAUUACUUAUUUGACAAUAUUGUUCGUUACAUCUAGUUGUUUGUUCUCUCUAGUUCCAGAACAUGAAAUGAAUUGCGCACUUUAGGACAAUUGAAGAAAAAAGACUAUUUUAUUUUCAAGAAAUUUAGUUAUUCCGUCAAACUCAGAUCUAUGCAACCUUAAUUUCUAUGCUCGCCGAUCUCAAGAUUUAAUCUUUAUGGAAAUGUUUUGCUAUACAAUUCUUGAAUCUUGUAAAAACUUUGCUUUCCAUUAUUUGGUUUACAAACGUAUGAGAAUAAUUAAAGUAUGUUUUUCACAUAAAUCAUCUCAAAAUAACCUGUAUAUAGUGCACACAGUUAAAAAAUUGUAUCCAAUGUAAUUACAGUACAAGUUUACAACUUGCAAGUUUCAACUUUGAAUGCUUCAACUACACUAGGGGUACCGAUGCUGUUUUCUACUGAUUUGUGAUAGCUGUCAUUUACUAACCAUGCCUUAUUCAAAAAAUGUUUUGAUAAAUUUCAUUCCCAAUGAUUCUGUAACUUGAAAAAUUUGAAGAAGUAAAACAUCCUAGAAGUUUAACCAACAUAUUGAGGGAACCGUUUAAAAAUUGCGCUCUCUAAAAUGGCAAAUUUUUCUCAUAAAUAUCAGAAUGUGUGAGUGUGUGUGUAAUUGGUGUUAUAUUCCUAAACUUGAAUAAUAUUGCAAUAUUUGAAUGGAUUUUCAACUUUAAUUCAGUUUCUAAAUAAAAUAUUAGAUAUUACCUUCUUGGUUAGGCAUACUCUUAAUUAUCAAGAAAUAAAAAAUCUAAGUAACCUUUUUCAAAAUCUUUACUCACAUGUUUCAACAUUUGUAAUUUUCAAGUGAGUAAAUUUAAUGAGAUUCAUUCACUUGAAAUUUACAUUAAUGUUGAAACGUGUUGCGAGUAAAACUUUUUUUAAAUGGUAAGGUACUUGAAUCUUUUUAUUUUUAUUUCUUUAUAAUAUUAGACAUGUAUGUAUAUUCAGAGAAACUUUUAGUUGGAUCAACUUUAUUUUUGGAACACUCACUGCUCUCAGUAAAAGUGAAGUUUAAAUAAUUUCAUUUGAAACAAAAUAAAUACAACCUUCAUAUUACCCUGUGAUAAUUUAGAUAUUAUUUUUAAUGGAGAUUUUUUUUAUUUCUUCAAAAGAUAUUAAUAUUCUGUUUGUAAUGAAUAAAAAUGCGAUAAAUUCUUCUUGCAUUAUAA